UGCUGGCAGCUCACCGUCCACAAUGCUCUAUUAACUCAAACUCCCUUCACCAGAGAUCAAAAACUUACUUCUCGUAGUGAAAUACAGCCGGAUGUGGCGUUCCUAAACAUGAGGAACAAACGGAGCAUCUGACAUUGACCCUGAGCAGCAGUUUGAUUCGGGGAGUAGAGGGAAGCCGAUCGUAUCUCCACUCUGCGGAUGAUUUUGUUUGCGUUGUGCUUUUCUUUCCUUCAUUGCAGAUGUUGCGAGUGGAAUGAGCUGUUUUCUCACAUCGGGCUUGUCACUGCAGCAUGGGAACUGCCGUGUCCAAGAAGAAGAAUUUAAGGAAUGAUGCGAUUUCUUCUGUUGCCGCAAAAGUUAGAGCAGCUCGAGCAUUUGGAGAGUACCUUUCUCACACGCACCCUGAGAACCGCAACGGAUCAGAUCACUUGCUAUCUGACACCUUCAUUGGUCAAGAGACAGAUUCCCCAGACAUUAGCAGACUGAACAACAAUAACAGCCUCCAGCCAUACUCCCAACACACUCUAAUAGUCAAGCCCAGUCAAGAAGAGGUUCAGCCAGGCAGUCAGUCUGCACCCCUUCCUACAAGUUCCAAGCGUCGACUUUCCGUAGAACGCAGCCUUUCUUCUGAGGAUCAGCAGGAUCAGAGGCGUGCAGAGGGUUCUGUGAAACCAGCACGUGUCUACACCAUUACCAGGGAGCGAGAUAUGCUUGGGGGCCAGGGAAGCGAGGAGAGUUUGGAGUUAGAGGUGCUAAAGAGGACCUCAGAGCCAUCACAAAUCAACCCUCCAACAGGUUUACGUGGAAGCCAUCAUCGAGGAAGCCAACAUCGUGGGAACAACGGCCCCACCCACCAGCAUCACUACGGUCAUACACCAAUGGCACAACCUUUGCAGAGCUCAGGAAGCACCCAUAACAUUCGGGACUGGGGAUCGAGGCGGAGCAGGUCGAGGGAGGAUUGCACACCGGAUUGUGUGGCCUGCAUUCGCCCGCACUGCCAGAGCCAGCGCUCACUAGACCUCGAGACGUCUCCUCACGGUGGUGGCAAACAGCACAAGAAGCUAGAGAGGAUGUACAGCGAGGACCGUGUGUCCUCUGAAGAUCGAGAGGAUCACACGAACAGCUGGUUUCCUAAAGAGAACAUGUUCAGCUUCCAGACUGCAACCACCACCAUGCAAGCAAACUUCCGGAAACAUCUGAGGAUGGUGGGCAGCAGGAGGGUGAAGGCCCAGACAUUUGUUGAUCGCAAAGCGAAGAGUUUCAGCCGGUCCUGGAGUGACCCCACACCCGUCAAGCCUGACUCUCUCCAUGACUCCAGAGACAGUGGAGACCUUCAGGCAUCAUCUGGCAAUCUGGAUGAAGAAGACUGUGAUGAUGUUGACUGGGAGGAAGAGAGAGAGUCAGAAAGGGCAGCCUGUGAGGGCGACGAUUUCAUCCCACCCAAAAUCAUGCUAAUUUCAUCGAAAGUACCAAAGGCCGAGUACGUUCCCAACAUCAUCCGCCGGGACGACCCCUCCAUUAUCCCUAUUCUCUAUGAUCAUGAACAUGCCACCUUUGAUGAUAUACUAGAGGAGAUUGAAAAGAAACUCACCGCCUACAGAAAAGGCUGCAAAAUCUGGAACAUGCUCAUCUUCUGUCAGGGAGGCCCAGGUCAUCUCUACCUUCUGAAGAACAAAGUGGCUACGUUUGCGAAAGUAGAGAAAGAGGAGGGCAUGAUGCAGUUCUGGAAGAAGCUUGGCAGAUUCAUGAGUUUAUUAAACCCGGAGCCCAAUCUCAUCCACAUAAUGGGCUGCUAUGUGCUCGGCAAUGCUAAUGGAGAAAAGCUUUUUCAAAACCUCAAGAGACUGAUGAAACCUCAUCGCAUUGAGUUCAAGUCUCCUCUGGAGCUGUCAGCACAGGGUAAGGAAAUGAUCGAGAUGUACUUCGACUUUCGCCUGUACCGUUUAUGGAAGACCCGCCAACACUCUAAACUUCUCGACUACGAUGACCUUCUGUGACAUUGUGGUGUUGGUUUAAACAGCCCAAGAGGCAGGUAGCUUACUUUAGCGGGCCAUCCGGCGACGUAACUUCCCGAGAAGAGCCUGGGCCGAAAAAGCCCUGAGGUGAACGAGGAAUAUGAGGACGGCUGACAUAGAGAAAACACUGGAAUUUCUCCACCCUCUGAUGGGAAGCAGCCAUUACUGUUAGGUGCUGUGCGUUCACCCCCAUCCCCCAGCUUUCAGCCUGAAAGAGAAACAUUCGCUAGAUACCGACAGGUUGUAUCUUUUAGCCUGCGUGAGGUCUAGAACAUCAUGCUCGAUUUCUUUGAGAAGCUACAACGAGAAGGAGGAUUUUUGUUUUGUUUUAGUUUUUGUUUAGUAUUUUUCGAGUAGCUGUUUUUGUGGUUAACUAGCAGGGACAGUGAAAACAAGGCCAUACUUAAACAGGCCUUGACGUUCUUAUAUUAUUCUACAAGUGCAGGAUCAACUUUGGGACUACAUAUCUGUGUUGUGUGUGUACGUAUUCACUUUAUCACUAUCAAAUAGCUACUGUAAUUGAUCUUUCAGCAUAUUAUUGCGCUGUUUUAGUUAGAGUGUGGUGUGUUUUUGUUUAGGAUUCAUAAGAGGGACUAUAACUCAGGUUUCGUUUAACUGACAUCCCUCUGUGCUUUACCAUCUUUAGAGAGAAAGGGAGCGAAAGAAUUUCUUUGUGUGAAGUUGUUCAGUCCCAAUAAAUGAGUUACCUAAGUGGAUUUGGAAUAACUUGAUAUCUGUAUCAGGGACUUUAUGUGCGUUUUAGACAUCUGUGGACUUACAGAUUCAUUGUCGAAAUGUCCAUAAAAUGAUGUACUGUAUGUAUAACAUUAAGGCAUGUGUAGAAAGUGCUCAUUAUAGGCAGAUUUUGUCUUUCAGCUUCAAAAUUUUCAAAACUUUUCUAGCAUCUUAAUAAUUAAAUAAGAUUUUAAAACAGAUGAUGAAUUAAAAUAGAAAACGUUGGUGAUUUUGCGCUCCGAUCUCGUCAUAUUUGUGUAUUUUGCGCUCAUAUUAUGUGUUUCUCUCACAGUUGACUUGACGUCACAUAGUUUAGUGGUGUUUUAUUUGUACGUGGAGGAUAAUCAUUUAUCCAUUUCUGAUAAGUCAAAGUGCAAUUGUAUCUGCAAUACUUCUCUUUUCGGUAGUAAUUGGUCCUGAAUGUAACUGUGAUCAUGUUUUGAGCAUCAAGAUUAGCUUUUUUCAUAGUAUACAGGAUAGUUCGUUUAGCCUUUAAAGUGGUUUUCUGUGGAGGAAAACGUCCUCUAGUUUGUGCGUGGGUGUUUUGGAUGCGGCAAACAGAUAAAACACUAGGUAGUUGUAAUCAUCA